UCAAUCCCGACCCCGCAACAGAAGCCCCCGGAGGGAGAAGUGCUGCGCGCUGUGAUGCGUCUUCCUCUCGUCUCGGCUGCCAGAUUGGAUUGUAGCACCCAGCUCCGUGCGCUGAGAGAAUGGCUCGGUUCGGGGAUGAUCUACCAACACGCUAUGGAGGUGGAGGGCCGGCCGGGGCUGGAAGAGGGAGCAGCCGGCAAGGUGGCCCCCAAGCCGGCCAGAGGAUGUAUAAGCAGUCGAUGGCUCAGAGGGCCCGGACUAUGGCUCUCUACAACCCCAUCCCUGUCAAACAGAACUGCUUCACAGUCAACAGAUCCCUCUUCAUCUUCAGUGAAGAUAAUGUUAUACGGAAAUAUGCCAAGAGAAUAACAGAAUGGCCUCCAUUUGAAUAUAUGAUUUUAGCUACAAUCAUAGCCAAUUGUAUUGUGCUGGCUCUGGAGCAACAUUUGCCGGAUGGAGACAAGACACCUAUGUCAGAGAGAUUGGAUGACACUGAGCCGUACUUUAUUGGAAUAUUUUGUUUUGAAGCUGGUAUAAAGAUCAUUGCUCUGGGGUUUGUUUUUCACAAAGGCUCUUAUCUCCGAAAUGGUUGGAACGUGAUGGAUUUUGUUGUGGUCCUCACAGGGAUUCUAGCAACUGCUGGGACUGACUUUGACCUGCGGACCCUGCGAGCCGUCCGUGUGCUGCGGCCGCUGAAGCUGGUAUCAGGAAUCCCAAGUCUGCAGGUCGUUCUCAAGUCCAUCAUGAAGGCAAUGGUGCCUCUGCUUCAGAUUGGGCUGCUCCUCUUCUUCGCCAUCGUGAUGUUUGCCAUCAUCGGGUUGGAGUUCUACAUGGGGAAGUUUCACAAAACCUGCUUCUCAAAUGAGACAGAUUGUGAAGAGGUGGGAGAUUUUCCUUGCGGAGAGGAGCCUCCUGCCAGGCAAUGUGAGAGUGGGACCACCUGCAGGGAGUACUGGCAAGGGCCCAACUAUGGCAUCACCAACUUUGACAACAUCCUCUUUGCUGUGCUCACCGUCUUCCAGUGCAUCACCAUGGAGGGAUGGACCGACAUCCUCUACAAUACAAACGAUGCUGCAGGAAAUACUUGGAACUGGCUUUACUUCAUCCCUCUCAUCAUCAUCGGUUCUUUCUUCAUGCUCAACUUGGUGCUGGGCGUCCUAUCAGGUGAAUUUGCCAAAGAACGAGAGAGGGUAGAAAACCGUCGAGCUUUCCUGAAACUCCGUAGGCAACAGCAAAUAGAACGGGAACUAAAUGGAUAUUUGGAGUGGAUCUUCAAAGCAGAGGAGGUCAUGCUGGCUGAGGAAGACAAGAACGCAGAAGAGAAAUCUCCUCUGGACGUGUUGAAAAGAGCCGCAAUAAAGAAGAGCAAAAACGACCUGAUUCAUGCUGAAGAAGGUGAGGACCAUUUCACAGACAUUUGCUCCGUUGGGUCUCCUUUUGCCCGUGCCAGUUUGAAGAGUGGGAAAAAUGAGAGCUCAUCCUACUUCAGGAGGAAAGAGAAAAUGUUCCGCUUCUUCAUCCGGCGCAUGGUGAAAGCCCAGAGCUUCUACUGGAUCGUGCUCUGCGUGGUUGCCCUCAACACGCUCUGCGUCGCCAUGGUGCACUAUGAUCAGCCAGAGAAACUCACCACUGCUCUGUAUUUCGCCGAGUUUGUUUUUCUGGGUCUGUUCCUUACUGAGAUGUCUUUGAAGAUGUAUGGACUGGGACCAAGAAAUUACUUUCAUUCCUCAUUCAACUGCUUUGACUUUGGGGUCAUUGUGGGGAGCAUCUUUGAAGUCAUCUGGGCUGCAGUGAAACCUGGCACCUCGUUUGGCAUCAGCGUGCUGAGAGCUCUGCGGCUGCUGAGGAUUUUCAAAGUCACCAAAUACUGGAACUCCCUGAGGAACCUCGUGGUCUCCUUGCUGAACUCCAUGAAGUCCAUCAUCAGUUUGCUCUUUCUGCUGUUCCUCUUCAUUGUGGUGUUUGCUCUGCUGGGGAUGCAGCUCUUUGGAGGGCAGUUCAAUUUUAGAGACGAAACACCAACCACGAAUUUCGAUACUUUUCCAGCUGCCAUCCUCACAGUGUUCCAGAUCCUGACUGGGGAGGACUGGAACGCAGUGAUGUACCAUGGCAUAGAGUCACAGGGCGGUGUCCACUCGGGGAUGUUCUCCUCCAUUUACUUCAUCGUCCUGACAUUGUUUGGUAACUAUACACUCCUGAACGUCUUCUUGGCCAUCGCUGUUGACAAUCUGGCCAAUGCCCAAGAGCUGACCAAGGAUGAGGAGGAGAUGGAGGAAGCCACCAAUCAGAAGCUCGCCCUGCAGAAGGCCAAGGAGGUAGCAGAAGUCAGCCCCAUGUCUGCAGCCAACAUUUCCAUAGCCGCCAAGCAGCAGAACUCCUCCAAAUCCAAGUCGGUUUGGGAGCAGCGAACCAGCCAGAUCCGGAUGCACAAUUUCCGAGCCAGCUGUGAGGCUCUGUACAAUGAACUGGACCCCGAGGAGCGGGUGCGCUACGCCACGACCCUACACAUCCGUCCAGACAUGAAGACCCACUUGGAUCGGCCACUGGUGGUGGAGCCAAGGAGUGAAGGGAGGAACAACAUCAGCAAGCUGAGCCCUGUGGAUGUGCAGGAGGUGGAGCAGACCAAAGUCAGCUCUACCGAUGGAGCAGAAGCUCCUCGGAAGCAUCACCGACAUCGGGAUAAGGAGAAAUUGGGAGAGCAAGAGAAGGGUGAUGUGACCAAAGAUGAGAAUGGGGAAUCUGGCAUCAACAAUAAGGAGGAGAGGCACAGGCAGCACAGAAGCCGCAGCAAGGAGGUGGAAGGGGGCAGCAAGGAAGGGAAAAGUGAGCGCACCAGGGGUCAGGAAGGAGGGAAGAGGCACCAUCGCCGGGGGUCGGUGGAAGAAGGUGCUGAAAAGGAGCACCGGAGGCACCGCACGCACCGGCACUCCACAGAACGGCAAGGCAAGGAGGGCAAUGGGACCAUCAACGGGGCCAGGAGCGAGCGGCGGACCCGGCACCGUGGAGGGUCGAGGUCUGGGAACCGGGAAGGAGAGCCUGGCUCCAAGGGUGAGAAUGGAGAGGAGCCUCACAGACGGCACCGGUUCAGGAGCAGGGCGCUGUCGACGUACGAUUCGGUGGAGAAGGAGAACAGGGAGAAGGAAGGGGAGGUUGCUGAGAAGGAGCACCAGAAUCAUCAGCCCAAGGAGAAUCAGUGUGAGAUUGAGGCCAGUGGGAGUGUGAGCAUCCCGGUGCACACCCUUCCCAGCACCUAUCUGCAGAAAGUGCCGGAGCAGCCAGAAGAUGCUGACAACCAGAAGAACGUGACACGCAUGAUUCAGCCGCCUCUGGACAAAACCACCACUGUGAACAUCCCUGUCACCAUCACUGCCCCACCAGGAGAAACCACCGUCAUACCCAUGAACAACGUUGAGUUCGAAAGUAAAGCAGAAGAGAAGAAGGACGUUGAUGACCUGACAAAAAAUGGGCCUAAACCAAUCUUGCCUUACAGUUCCAUGUUCAUCCUAAGUCCUACGAACCCGAUCCGGCGUCUGUUCCACUACAUCGUCAACCUGCGCUACUUCGAGAUGGUCAUCCUCAUCGUCAUUGCUCUCAGCAGCAUUGCCCUGGCAGCAGAAGACCCCGUCCAAGCAGAAUCACCCAGGAACGAUGCUCUGAAGUACUUGGAUUAUAUAUUUACGGGUGUCUUUACCUUCGAGAUGGUGAUCAAGAUGAUUGACCUGGGGCUGUUACUCCACCCUGGCUCCUAUUUCCGUGACCUGUGGAACAUCUUGGACUUCAUUGUGGUCAGUGGGGCCUUGGUGGCAUUUGCAUUCUCAGGAACCAAAGGCAAGGACAUCAACACGAUCAAGUCGCUGCGGGUUCUGCGGGUCCUCCGACCACUGAAGACCAUAAAACGGCUGCCAAAACUAAAGGCUGUCUUUGACUGCGUGGUGAAUUCCCUGAAGAACGUCCUCAACAUCCUCAUUGUUUAUAUGCUCUUCAUGUUCAUCUUUGCUGUCAUUGCUGUGCAGCUCUUCAAAGGGAGAUUCUUCUAUUGCACCGACGAGUCGAAAGAGCUGGAGAAGGAUUGCAGGGGUCAGUACCUUGACUAUGAAAAAAACGAGGUGGAGGCGCAGCCCAGGGAAUGGAAAAAAUACGAGUUCCAUUACGACAACGUGCUGUGGGCUCUGCUGACACUUUUCACUGUCUCCACAGGAGAAGGGUGGCCAACUGUGCUGAAGCACUCAGUGGAUGCUACCUACGAGGAACAGGGUCCCAGCCCUGGCUACCGAAUGGAAAUGUCUAUCUUUUACGUGGUGUAUUUUGUUGUCUUCCCUUUUUUCUUUGUGAACAUCUUUGUGGCGUUAAUCAUAAUCACCUUCCAAGAGCAAGGAGAUAAAGUGAUGUCAGAAUGCAGCCUAGAGAAAAAUGAGAGGGCCUGCAUUGACUUCGCCAUAAGUGCCAAGCCACUGACCCGCUACAUGCCUCAGAACAAGCAGUCAUUUCAGUACAAGAUGUGGAAAUUUGUGGUGUCCCCUCCCUUUGAGUAUUUUAUCAUGGUCAUGAUUGCACUCAAUACUAUUGUUCUCAUGAUGAAGUUCUAUGAUGCUCCAGAAGCAUAUGAAGAAAUGUUGAAAUGCCUGAAUAUUGUCUUUACAUCCAUGUUUUCAAUGGAGUGUGUGCUGAAGAUCAUUGCCUUUGGUGUGCUGAAUUAUUUCCGAGAUGCCUGGAAUGUCUUUGAUUUUGUAACAGUGUUGGGAAGUAUUACUGAUAUUUUAGUAACAGAGAUUGCGGUAAGUACAGACAACUUCAUCAACCUCAGCUUCCUGCGGCUCUUCAGGGCAGCAAGACUUAUCAAGCUCCUUCGCCAGGGUUACACUAUCCGCAUCUUGCUCUGGACGUUUGUGCAGUCGUUUAAGGCCUUGCCUUAUGUGUGUCUUCUCAUUGCAAUGCUCUUCUUCAUCUAUGCCAUUAUUGGCAUGCAGGUAUUUGGAAACAUUGCACUAAAUGACGAAACCUCCAUCAAUCGGCACAAUAAUUUCCGUACCUUCCUUCAAGCCUUGAUGCUUCUGUUCAGGAGUGCCACAGGGGAGGCCUGGCAUGAGAUCAUGCUGUCAUGCCUGAGCAGCAGGGCUUGCGACCCACUCUCUGGCCUCACCAAGAAUGAAUGCGGCAGCGACUUUGCCUACUUCUACUUCGUGUCAUUCAUCUUCCUCUGCUCCUUCCUGAUGCUGAACCUAUUUGUGGCUGUAAUCAUGGACAACUUUGAAUACUUGACAAGAGACUCCUCCAUCCUUGGGCCCCAUCAUUUGGAUGAGUUCGUUCGUGUCUGGGCUGAAUAUGACCCAGCUGCCUGCGGGCGCAUCAGUUACACAGACAUGUAUGAGAUGCUGAGACACAUGUCCCCACCUCUAGGCCUUGGAAAGAAAUGCCCUGCUCGCGUUGCCUAUAAGCGCCUGGUGAGGAUGAACAUGCCCAUCUCACCCGAGGACCUGACAGUUCACUUCACCUCCACGCUGAUGGCCCUGAUCCGCACUGCUCUGGAAAUCAAGCUUGCCUCAGGGGGUGUUAAGCAGCACCAGUGUGAUGCUGAGCUGAGAAAGGAGAUCUCUCUGGUUUGGCCCAACCUGUCCCAGAAGACGCUGGAUUUGCUGGUGCCUCCUCACAAACCUGAUGAGAUGACUGUGGGGAAAGUCUACGCAGCGCUCAUGAUAUUCGACUUCUACAAACAGAACAAGAACAGCAGGGAACAAGUCCACCAGCCUCCUGGGGGGCUGUGCCAGCCCGGACCAGUGUCACUCUUCCACCCCUUAAAGGCUACUUUGGAGCAAACCCAACCCUCAGCAUUCAGCAAUGCAAAGGCAUUCCUGCGCCAGAAAAGCUCAGCCUCACUCAACAACGGGGGCACAUUGCCAGCCCCAGAGGGUGGGAUCAAAGAGUCCAGUUCCUGGGGGACACAACGCACCCAGGAUGUGUUUUAUGAAACCAGGACACCAGCUUUUGAACGAGGCCACUCGGAGGAAAUCCCCAUUGAACGGGUGGUGGAAAUGAGGGAAAUCAGCCCCACGCUUGCCAAUGGAGAGCACCAACCAGGGCUGGAGAGCCAGGGUCGGGCGGCUUCAAUGCCGCGCCUGGCUGCUGAAACUCAGCCCAUCCCGGACACGAGCCCCAUGAAGCGCUCUAUCUCCACGCUGACCCCACAGCGUCCACAUCCCAUGCACCUCUAUGAGUACUCCCUGGAACGCGUGCCCACGGACCAGGUGCAUCACCACCACCACCACCGCUGCCACCGGCGGAAAGAGAAGAAGCAGAAGUCCUUGGACAGGACCGCACAUCAGCUGGCCGAUGGGGAAGCUGUGCUAGUUAAUAUUCUCCUUUCAGUGGCCCAGUCUGGUGAAUCUUCUUCCAAGGACAAGAAGCAGGAGCGUGGACGGUCCCAAGAGAGGAAGCAGCACUCUUCCUCCUCUUCAGAAAAGCAGCGCUUCUACUCCUGUGAUCGCUAUGGCAGCCGGGACCGAUCCCAGCCCAAGUCUGCCGAUCAGAGCAGGCCCACUUCGCCCAACGGCGGGCCUGAGCAAGGUCCCCACAGACAGGGCAGUGGUUCGGUUAACGGGAGCCCCUUGCUGUCGACAUCUGGUGCUAGUACCCCCUGCCGGGGUCGGAGGCAGCUCCCGCAGACCCCCCUGACCCCACGCCCCAGCAUCACUUACAAGACCGCCAACUCCUCGCCCGUCCACUUCAGCACGUCGCCGGGUGGCCUCCCGCCCUUCUCCCCGGGCCGCCUGAGCCGCGGGCUGUCUGAGCACAAUGCACUCCUGCAUGGGGACCAGCAGCCGCCCCCAGCCGCGGUUGCCCGCAUCGGCUCCGACCCCUACCUGGGCCACCGCGACGCCGCCGACAGCCCGGUGAGCACCGCGCCCGAGGACACGCUCACCUUCGAGGAAGCCGUGGCCACCAACUCGGGGCGUUCCUCCAGGACUUCUUACGUCUCCUCCUUGACCUCCCAAUCUCACCAAGCGCGCCGGGUGCCCAAUGGCUACCAUUACACGCUGGGGCUCAACACGGGGCCCGGCACUGGCACCAGGGGACGGAGCUACUACCACGAAGCCGACGAGGACGACUGGUGCUAGCGGCACAGCCAAACCCUCGGAGGCACACACGGGGAAAGUCGAUGAGUUUUAUCAUCUGGAAGGCUGUGCGCUCAGACGUACAGUGCCGGGGGGUGGCCCCUACUGCCAGAACUGCUCUGCCCCACUCCGAGACCUCCGGAGACACUUGUGCAGCCUCUCUCCUGCCUCUCUCUUCUUUUUAUUUUCUUCUUCUUCUUUUUUUUUUUUUUUUUUUCCACCAAGGAAGAAGGCUCCCUCCCAGGGGGCAGCACACCUCUCCCCACCUCCUGCUGCUUUCAAAGACGUGCACCAGAUGCCCAACCACGAGGCCUGCACGGAGCCAUCCCUGUCAGCAGACAAGUAGACCACCAAUGCUUUUUUGGGAUUGGCACUGUUUGGUGCCAAUUUGUUUGACCAGUUGAUUGGUCAAUGGAUGGUUGGGCUACCACUUCAUUAUUAUUUUUUUCCUCUCCCCACCCUUAUUUGGGCAGGAGUCAGGGUUGCAAAAGGGACACCGGCAAACAAAGCUCGACCCCGUGUUUUAUCUCAUUUCCCGCUAAGAGGGAAGAGAUCUACCUAGUGAACUGGGAGAGGAGAAAAAAAAAAAAAA